AUGCGGAUUGAUCCAGGCCGAGCUCGUACUUUGCUAGAAAACUUGCAGCACGUGGCAGAGAAAGUCAAUGCUGCAAAAGGCAACCGACCGGUUCGACUCAUCGCUGUGAGCAAACUCAAACCAGCUACAGAUAUCCUUGCGCUACAUCAUCCUCCCUCUUCAGAUCAGUCCGAUUCCUCAAAGGGACCGACGCGGCCACAUCACUUCGAUUUCGGUGAAAAUUAUGCCCAAGAGCUCACCGAGAAAGCUGGCUUGCUGCCGCGGACCAUUCGGUGGCACAUGAUCGGAGCAUUGCAGACCAACAAAUGUAAAGCCCUGGCCGAGAGCGUCCCCAACCUCUUCUGCGUCGCCAGCGUAGAUAGCGCGAAGAAGGCCGAUGCCUUGAACAAGGGCCGUAAGGCAUGUCUCGAGCCAGACGAUUCGGACCGCCGACUACGAAUCCUGGUCCAAGUCAACACAUCUGGCGAAGAGAGCAAAAGCGGCGUCUCACCGGAUUCGGACGAGCUUCUUAACCUCUGUCGCCACAUCCACUCCGAUGCUGAAAGCCCACACCUUCGACUGGCCGGCCUGAUGACCAUCGGCGCCAUUGCGCGGAGUCGUGCGGCGGCGGAGGGAGAGGAGAAUGAAGAUUUUGUCAAACUUCGAGACGUUCGCUCCCAAGUCGCAAAGGCGCUAGAAAUCCCCGAGGACGAAUUGGCACUCAGCAUGGGAAUGAGUGCCGACUUUGAGGCGGCUCUAGGAAUGGGAAGUGAUGAGGUGAGAGUGGGCACUGGAAUCUUUGGCGAGCGGCCGCCGAAGGACCAAGCCAGGGUCGUAUGA